CUGAAGACGACAAGCCUAUCAUGUGUUCCUCAGACAUCUUCUUGGGCCUCCUGGCUCUUCUCUUCCCACCUCUGCCUGUCUGGGUGAAGUGUGGUAUCUGUUCUGCUGACUCCGUCAUCAACAUUCUGCUCUGCGUCCUUGGCUACAUUCCCGGUCUCCUCCAUGCAUGGUACAUCAUCGCAAAAUUUCCCGAACCAAAUUACAAUGACUACGAGCGUGUCGGCGACUCGGAACGCGGCGGUCGCGUGGCGUAUGUUGUUGUGCAAGAAGGUGGCGAUGAGCGACGGUCACAGCGGCCCGCCGGUCGCGGCCCUGCGAAACCACCUGGCCAGCAAGCGAACAUGACCUAUGGCACAAACACGCGAGAGAACGCCGAACCCUCGUCGCAGGCACAUGGACACCAGGAGGCGAGCGCCGGACCGAGUGAUGGCGCACCUCCGCCCAGUUACGCCCAGGUCGUUGCUGGCGAUAACAAGAUCCAGGAUCAUAGCUAGUGGGCUGAGGAUCACCACUUGAACCCGGGCCCACGCAGGUGGAAGGACUGGGGCAACAGUCAGCGGUAUUGGCGGCGAGAGUGACAGGAGAUGGUGGUAGGGGACGGUGUCAGGCUACAACGAGAUGGGCUUGGAAAAGGGCGCGGCAAGGCUUCGGCGGCUUCGGAGUUCGUUUUGGUUUUGGGUUUUUGGAAGCCUGAAAUGGCUAUGACGGUUUACAGGAAAACAUGAGUCACUCGUUUAUGACACACACACCUCACGGUACCAAAGGGCAGGGCGUUCACAGGGUCUUGUCUGGAUGUGAAGGGGAGUUCUGGGCAUGGUUCAUCUUCAAUACACGACACAAAUCGCAGCUUCGUUUUCCAGCCAUUUUUUUUUUUGGCAUUUCCC